UUGCCGGUGUCCCUGUGCCAGUGUCCCACUCCCGCUGUCCCUGUCCCGUUCCCGGUCCCCCCUCCCCUUGCCGGCCCGGGCCAUGGCCCCGGCCGUUCCCCUGUGCCGGGCGGGGCCGCCCCGUCCCCGGCCCUGGGCGGCCCGGCGCGGUCUCGCCCUCGCCCGGCUCCCGGCGCGCCGGCUGUGGCGCUGCUGGGCGCUCCUGUGGGGCUGGCUGUGGGACGGGCUCGGCCUCGCCGCCCCUUGGCUCCGCCUGGCUCGAGCCCGGCGCCUGCCGGGGCCGGCGGGGGCCGCGGGCGCCGCGGCCGCUGCCGCCUCCUCGGCGGCUUCCCCGGCCAGAGCUCCGCCGCUCGCCAGCCCGGCCGCCGGCAGCGAGCCGCCGCUGCCCGCUGCGGCUGGGGAAGCCCGGCCCGGGCCGCUUGAGGGGCGCUCGGGGGCCGUGCCGGGCCCCGGCCCCAACGCUGACGGCCACGUCUCGCCCGCACCGAAGGCCAAGGAGCCGCUGCACGAGCGCUACCGGCUGCAUUCGCUGCUGGGCAGCGGCGGCUUCGGCCGCGUCUACGCGGGGACCUGCCUGGCGGACGGAGCCCCGGUGAGUGCAGCAGGAGGAGGAGGAGGAGGAGGAGGAGGAGGGCGGGACGGGCGGCGAGCUCAACCCGCCCUUCCCCUCGGCUUGCAGGUGGCCAUCAAAGCCGUGUCCCGGGAUGGCAUCCGGCGCUGGGGCGAGCUGCCCGACGGCACCCGGGCCCCCCUGGAGAUCGUGCUGCUGGACAAGGUGUCCAAUGGCUUCCCUGGUGUCAUCCAGCUGCUGGAGUGGUUCGAGCUCCCCAACGGGUUCCUGUUGGUCAUGGAGCAUCCGGAGCCGUCUCAGGACCUCUCUCGCUUACUGAGGGCGUGGGGGUUCCUGCCGGAGGAGAUGGCGUGGGGGCUGUUCCGCCAGGUGCUGCAGGCCAUGCGGCACUGCACCAGCUGCGGCGUCCUGCACCGGGACAUCAAGCCCCAGAACAUCCUCCUCCACCUGGCCACCGGCGAGGCCAAGCUCCUCGACUUUGGAUGUGGCACCUUCCUUAAGGACACGGUCUACACCCAGUUUGCAGGAACACUGUCAUACAGCCCGCCAGAGUGGAUCUACCUCAAGCGCUACCACGGCGAGGAGGCGACCAUCUGGUCCCUGGGCAUCCUGCUCUACCAGAUGGUCUGCGGGAAGCACCCUUUCCGCAAAGGCCCCAACACCAUCUGGGACCAGCUCCCGUUCCCAGCACGGGUCUCUCCAGGCUGCCAGCACCUUAUCAGGUGGUGUUUGUCCAUCCGCCCCUCGGACAGGCCAGCACUGGAAGACCUGUUGUGCCAUCCUUGGGUGCAGGGCAUUCCCCUGCCCUAGAAGACGGGAGAGAUCCACGUGCUCCCUUUGAUCCCGGGGCCUGGCAGACAGCUGGGCCCUCGGCAGAACGCUGACAGCCUGGUCUGGCCCCCAGGGAAGGAGAAGGGGCCUCUGGAGAAGCUGUGCCGGGUGGGCCUGCUGCUGGAGACAUCGAGGACGACGUCGAGGAUGACAAGCUCUCAGUUGACCUGGACGCCGGCCAGCUGAAGAGGAUGGACUUUGAUUCUGGCCCCUUCCUCCAAGCCGUGCUCCACACGCCGUUUGCAGAUGAGUCCACACCCAGGGGGUGCUCCCGGACACGGGCAUUGCUCAGCCUGGCUGGGCACCGAAGGUUCCCCUUUGCUGAUGGGGAACCUGAGGAAUUCUUCAGCCGGCUGCCAAGCUGCUUCUUGGCAGGAGGGCGGGCGGGUGCUCUGGGCUGGCUGUGAAAUGGGAGCCCGGCUCUGCCCCCAGCCUCUGCCACUGCCCCUUUGCUGGGCGGGGCUGGGGCAGGGGCAGCCAGCCUGCCAAAAACAAACCCCCGUGGGGGGAGCAAAGGCAGGGCUGCAGAACACCAGCUGCUUUGGGCUGCAGGCCAGGAAAGGCUUGGGCUGCCUUGGCUUAGGAGCCUUUCUUUGGGCCAGUGCAGCAGGGCAGGGAGAAGGCCUGGGUUUUCCUCAGCUGGAGGAGGUGGGGUUUUCCUUUGGCCUGGAGGGGUUGGGCCUUCCUCAGAACCC